AUGGUGUGGGAAGCUCUGCUUAAAGCAGGAAACCAUCUACACAUCAGUCUACCUGCAUGGUGUGGGAAGCUCUGCUUAAAGCAGGAGGAAACCAUCUACACGUCAGUCUACCUGCAUGGUGUGGGAAGCUCUGCUUAAAGCAGGAAACCAUCUACACGUCAGUCUACCUGCAUGGUGUGGGAAGCUCUGCUUAAAGCAGGAAACCAUCUACACGUCAGUCUACCUGCAUGGUGUGGGAAGCUCUGCUUAAAGCAGGAAACCAUCUACACGUCAGUCUACCUGCAUGGUGUGGGAAGCUCUGCUUAAAGCAGGAAACCAUCUACACGUCAGUCUACUUGCAUGGUGUGGGAAGCUCUGCUUAAAGCAGGAAACCAUUUACACGUCAGUCUACCUGCAUGGUGUGGGAUCCUUCUGAUCCAUUUGUUAUUUCUGUCGUUCCUUCUGAUCCAUCUCUGACUAAGACAGGCAAUCCUAUUUCUUAUAUAGUACACUACUUUUGUCCAGGGUCCAUAAGGCUCUGGACAAAAGUAGUGUACUAGAUAAGGAAUAUGUUGCCAUUUGGGACACAAACAGGGAUUCAUGAAACACAUGUCCUAUAUAUAUAUAUACACACCGACGCCUCGCUUCCAGACAAGCUAAACACCUUCUUCGCCCUGCUUUGAGGAUAACACAAUGCCACUGACGAGGCCCACUACCAAGGACUGUGGCCUCUCCUUCUCCGUGGCCGACGUGAUUAAGACAUUUAAGCAUGUUAACCCCCGCAAGGCUGCCGGCCCAGACGGCAUCCCUAGCCGCGUCCUCAGAGCAUGCGUAGACCAUCUGGCUGGUGUGUUUAUGGACAUUCAAUCUCUCCCUUUCCCAGUCUGCUGUCCCCACAUGCUUCAAGAUGGCCACCAUUGUUCCUGUACCCAAGAAAGCAAAGGUAACUGAACUAAAUGACUAUCGCCCCAUAGCACUCACCUCUGUCAUCAUGAAGUGCUUUGAGAGACUAGUCAAGGAUCAUAUCACCUCUACCUUACCUGUCACCCUAGACCCACUUCAAUUUGCUUACCGCCCCAAUAGAUCCACAGACGAUGCAAUCGCCAUCACACUGCACACUGUCCUAUCCCAUCUGGACAAGAGGAAUACCUAUGUAAGAAUGCUGUUCAUUGACUAUAGCUCAGCAUUCAACACCAUAGUACCCUCCAAGCUCAUCAUUAAGCUCCAGGCCCUGGGUCUGAACCCCGCCCUGUGCAACUGGGUCCUGGACUUCCUGACGGGCCGCCCCCAGGUGGUGAAGGUAGGAAACAACACCUCCACUUCGCUGAUCCUCAACACUGGGGCCCCACAAGGGUGCCUGUACUCCCUGUUCACCCAUGACUGCGUGGCCAAGCACGCCUCCAACUCCAUCAUCAAGUUUGCAGACGACACAACAGUAGUAGGCUUGAUUACCAACAAUGACGAGACCGCCUACAGGGAGGAGGCGAGGGCUCAGGGAGUGUGAUGCCAGGAAAAUCAACCUCUCACUCAACAUCAACAAAACAAAGGAGAUGAUCGUGGACUUCAGGAAACAGCAGAGGGUGCACCCCCCUAUCCACAUCGACGGGACCGCAGUGGAGAAGGUGGAAAGCUUCAAGUUCCUUGGCAUACACAUCACCGACAAACUGAAAUGGUCCACCCACGCAGACAGUGUGGUGAAGAAGGCGCAACAGAGCCUCUUCAAUCUCAGGAGGCUGAAGAAAUUUGACCUGUCACCUAAAACCCUCACAAACUUUUACAGAUGCACCAUUGAGAGCAUCCUGUCGGGCUGUAUCACCGCCUGGUACGGCAACUGCACCGUCCGCUACCGUAGGGCUCUCCAGAGGGUGGUGCGGUCUGCCGAAUGCAUUACCGGGGGCAAACUACCCGCCCUCCAAGACACAUACAGCACCCGAUGUCACAGGAAGGCCAAAAAGAUCAUCAAAGACAUCAACCACCCGAGCCACUGCCUGUUCACCCCGCUAUCAUCCAGAAGGCGAGGUCAGUACAUGUGCAUCAAAGCUGGGACCGAGAGACUGAAAAACAGCUUCUAUCUCAAGGCCAUCAGACUGUUAAACAGCCAUCACUAGCACAUUAGAGGCUGCUGCUGCCUAUUGAAAUCACUGGCCACUUUAAGAAAUGGAACACUAGUCACUUUAAUAAUGUUUACAUAUCUUGCACUACUCAUCUCAUAUGUAUAUACUGUAUUCUAUUCUAUAAUAUUCUACUGUAUCUUAGUCCAUGCUGCUCUGUCAUUGAUUGUCCAUAUCCGUAUAUAUUCUUAAAUUCCAUUCCUUACUAGAUUUGUGUGUUUUGGGUAUAUGUUGUGACAUUGUUAGAUAUUACUGGUUAGAUAUUACUGCACUGUCAGAGCUAGAAGAACAAGCAUUUCACUACACCCACAAUAACAUCUGCUAAACACGUGUAUGUGACAAAUAAAAUUUGAUUUGAUUUGAUUAAGAUUUUCGGUUUAGACAAUCUGAUCCUAGAUCUGUGAGUUGGGGCAACUUCUACCUGGAGCAUGGUUGCUCCAGCCCAGUCAGUCUGCAACUACAUAUCAAUAUAUAGUUAAAUAUAAUAUCAUAUUAAUAGAGUCGUUUCAGAGCUACCUCCUAAAAACUGUGUUAUCCUAAACAACACUUCAUUUGUCUGUGUUCAUUUGUCAGAAGGAACUGUACUGCCCCCUAGUGGCGGAUCGGGUAACUGCAGUGAUAUUCCAGAUUAGCAGGGGAGUCAUUUGGCCCCUAGUGGCGGAUCGGGUAACUGCAGGGAUAUUCCAGAUUAGCAGGGGAGUCAUUUGGCCCCUAGUGGCGGAUCGGGUAACUGCAGGGAUAUUCCAGAUUAGCAGGGGAGUCAUUUGGCCCCUAGUGGCGGAUCGGGUAACUGCAGGGAUAUUCCAGAUUAGCAGGGGAGUCAUUUGGCCCCUAGACGCUGAUCUUGUUUCAGUUUUGCAUUUCCCCCACUAAUGGUUAAGGGGAAGAUUAUCUGUAUCUAGGGGAAACUUCACCCCGGAGCGAGUAAUGUGGUGUCACCCAGUUUUGUGCCAUAUGUGACUGAGAGCUGCUGGCAGAGAUUGGCAUGGCAGAUGUCAUCCUGUCUGUUAGAAGUCAUGUUUUGCCUGGUGGAGGAUGGGUGGACACAAUGAAUGACUGACAAGUGUGUGUGUGUGUCUGUCUUUCUGUCCCCUCCAUAUGUCUGUCUGUCUGUCUCCUCCAGGAGUGCCAGUUUAUCCCAGGUACAGCACAGUAGUAAUCUGUUUGUGGGCAGUGACUCAGCCGUGCAGAAGAUCUCCCAUGGCUUCUCCCACUGUCUGAACGGAAUGGGUGCCCACCUGCAUGGCUUCUACAGCCUGCCCAAGCCUGGCAAGCACCAACAGGCCUCCACGUCCGGCUCCUCCACGCGGCCAGACUCCCCCCAGGAGGCCUGCUACGUGCUGCCCAGGGGGUACAGCUCUGAGGGGCCUACCCUGGGUCAUAGCCUCCUGGGGCUGGGAGAUCUGGAUGACCAGGAGAAUGAGGAGGUUGGUGCUCUUUUAACCUGUGGUUUAAUUAUGUUAUGUUACACAUCCUUUGAUUUAUAUGUUAUUCUCUCCAUCUCUCUCUCUAUUCUCUCUCUCUUCUCUCUCUCUCUUCUCUCUUUCUAUCUCUCUCUCCCCUCUCUCUCUCUCUCUCUCUCUCUCUCGCCCUCUCCUUCUCCUCUCUCUCUCUUCUCUCUCGCUCUCCUCUCUCUCUUCUUCUCUCUCUCUCUCUACUCUCUCUCUCUCUCUCUCCUAUCUCUCUCCACAUCUCUCUCUCACAUCUCUCUCUCUCUCUCUCUCUCUCUCUCUCUCUCUCUCUCUCUCCAUCUCUCUCUCUCUAUCCAUCUCUUUCUCUCAAUUUCAAUUCAAUUCAAGGGGUUUUAUUGGCAUGGGAAACAUAUGUUAAUGUUGCCAAAGCAAGUGAAAUAAAUUAGAUAAUAAACAAAAGUGAAAUAAACAAUAUAAAAUGAACAGUAAACAUUACACUCACAAAAGUUCCAAAAGAAUAAAGACAUUUCAAAUGUCAUAUUAUGUAUACAGUUGAAGUCGGAAGUUUACAUACACUUAGGUUGGAGUCAUUAAAACUAGUUUUUUAACCACUCCACACAUUUCUUGUUAACAAACUAUAGUUUUGGCAAAUCGGUUAGGACAUCUACUUGUGCAUGACACAAGUAAUUUUUCCAACAAUUGUUUACAGACAGAUUAUUUCACUUAUAAUUCACUGUAUCACAAUUCCAGUGGGUCAGAAGUUUACAUACACUAAGUUGACUGUGCCUUUAAGCAGCUUGGAAAAUUCCAGAAAAUGAUGUCAUAGCUUUAGAAGCUUCUGAUAGGCUAAUUGACAUCAUUUGAGUCAAUUGGAGGUGUACCUGUGGAUGUAUUUCAAGGCCUACUUUCAAACUCAGUGCCUCUUUGCUUGACAUCAUGGGAAAAUCAAAAGAAAUCAGCAAAACAAUUGUAGACCUCCACAAGUCUGGUUCAUCCUUGGGAGCAAUUUCCAAACGGUACCACGUUCAUCUGUACAAACAAUAGUACGCAAGUAUAAACACCAUGGGACCACGCAGCCGUCAUACCGCUCAGGAAGGAGACGCGUUCUGUCUCCUAGAGAUGAACGUACUUUGGUUCGAAAAGUGCAAAUAAAUCCCAGAACAACAGCAAAGGACCUUGUGAAGAUGCUGGUGGAAACAGUUACAAAGUAUCUAUAUCCACAGUAAAACGAGUCCUAUAUCGACAUAACCUGAAAGGCCGCUCAGCAAGGAAGAAGCCACUGCCCCAAAACCGCCAUAAAAAAGCCAGACUACGGUUUGCAACUGCACAUGGGGACAAAGAUCGUACUUUUUGGAGAAAUGUCCUCUGGUCUGAUGAAACAAAAAUAGAACUGUUUUGUCAUGACCAUCGUUAUGUUUGGAGGAAAAGGGGGUUGCUUGCAAGCCGAAGAACACCAUCCCAACCGUGAAGUACUUGUCAUCUCCCGUCUGGAUUACUGCAACUCGCUGUUGGCUGGCCUCCCUGCCUGUGCCAUUAAACCCCUACAACUCAUCCAGAACGCCGCAGCCCGUCUGGUGUUCAACCUUCCCAAGUUCUCUCACGUCACCCCCCUCCUCCGCACACUCCACUGGCUUCCAGUUGAAGCUCGCAUCCGUUACAAGACCAUGGUGCUUGCCUAUGGAGCAGUGAGGGGAACGGCACCUCUGUACCUUCGGGCUCUGAUCAGUCCCUACACCCAAACGAGGGCAUUGCGUUCAUCCACCUCUGGCCUGCUGGCUCCCCUUCCUCUGCGGAAGCAUAGUUCCCGCUCAGCCCAGUCAAAACUGUUCGCUGCUCUGGCACCCCAAUGGUGGAACAAGCUCCACCACGACGCCAGGACAGCGGAGUCACUCGCCACCUUCCGGAGACAUUUGAAACCCCACCUCUUUAAGGAAUACCUGGGAUAGGAUAAAGUAAUCCUUCUACCCCCCCCCAAAAAAAUUGUAAAGUGGUUAUCCCACUGGCUAUAGGGUGAAUGCACCAAUUUGUGAGUCGCUCUGGAUAAGAGCGUCUGCUAAAUGACGUAAAUGUGCCCUUGAGCAAGGCACUUAACCCUAAUUGCUCCUGUAAGUCGCUCUGGAUAAGAGCGUCUGCUAAAUGACUAAAAUGUAAAUGUAAAAAGUACGGGGGUGGCAGCAUCAUUCUGUGGGGGUGCUUUGCUGCAGGAGGGACUGGUGCACUUCACAAAAUAGAUGGCAUCAUGAGGAAGGAAAAUUAUGUGGAUAUAUUGAAGCAACAUCUCAAGACAUCAGUCAGGAAGUUUAAGCUUGGUCGCAAAUGGGUCUUCCAAAUGGACAAUGACCCCAAGCAUACUUCCAAAGUUGUGGCAAAAUGGCUUAAGGACAACAAAGUCAAGGUAUUGGAGUGGCCAUCACAAAGCCCUGACCUCAAUCCUAUAGAAAAUGUGUGGGCAGAACUGAAAAAGCAUGUGCGAGCAAGGAGGCCUACAAACCUGACUCAGUUACACCAGCUCUGUCAGGAGGAAUGGGCCAAAAUUCACCCAACUUAUUGUGGGAAGCUUGUGGAAGGCUACCCGAAACGUUUGACCCAAGUUAAACAAUUGAAAGGCAAUGCUACCAAAUACUAAUUGAGUGUAUGCAAACUUCUAACCCACUGGGAAUGUGAUUAAAUAAAUAAAAGCUGAAAUAAAUCAUUCUCUCUACUAUUAUUCUGACAUUUCACAUUCUUAAAAUAAAGUGGUGAUCCUAACUGACCUAAGACAGGGAAUUUUUACUAGGAUUAAAUGUCAGGAAUUGUGAAAAACUGAGUUUAAAUGUAUUUGGCUGAGGUGUAUGUAAACUUCCGACUUCAACUGUAUAUACAGUGUUGUAACAAUGUGCAAAUAGUUAAAGUACAAAAUGGAAAAUAAAUCAGCAUAAAUAUGGGUUGUAUUUACAAUGGUGUUUGUUCUUCACUGGUUGCCCUUUUCUUGUGGCAACAGGUCACAAAUCUUGCUGCUGUGAUGGCACACUGUGGUAUUUCACCCAGUAGAUAAGGGAGUUUAUCAAAAUUGGAUUUGUUUUCAAAUUAUUUGUGGGUCUGUGUAAUCUGAGGAAAAAUAUGUGUCUCUAAUAUGGUCAUACAUUUGGCAGGAGGUUAGGAAGUGCAGCUCAGUUUCCACCUCAUUUUGUGGGCAGUGUGCACAUAGCCUGUCUUCUCUUGAGAGCCAGGUCUGCCUACGGCGGCCUUUCUCAAUAGCAAGGCUAUGCUCACUGAGUCUGUACAUAGUCAAACCUUUCCUUAAUUUUGGGUCAGUCACAGUGGUCAGGUAUUCUGCCACUGUGUACUCUCUGUUUAGGGCCAAAUAGCAUUCUAGUUUGCGCUGUUUUUCUGUUAAUUCUUUCCAAUGUGUCAAGUAAUUGUCUUUGUUUUCUCAUGGUUUGGUUGGGUCUAAUUGUGUUGCUGUCCUGGGGCUCUGUGUCGCUCUCUCUCUCUCAAUAUCCAUCUCUCUCUCUCAUUUAUUUUAUUCCCUUUUGUUUGUUUGAUAUAUUUUGUUGCAUUGUUUUUACUCAAAAGUCACUUUAAAGUAUCUUUCAGUGUGAUUUCAAAAGCAUUUUAACUAAAGUUUUAUUUUAUUUACAAAGCUGUACACCUUCAAGACGCCUUGCAAUACCCUGGCCACCGGCAAUGACCGUAACCACAGUAACGACCGACACAGCAAUGACCGUAACCACAGCAACGAGCGUAGCAACGACCGGCAGACUGACAACUACGACCUCCCGACCCCGCCCGGAUCCUUCUACCAGAUACCCCGGACGUUCGAUAAGAACCACAACGUGACGCCGUCCGGCUCCGAGUCAUCCAGUGGACCCCCUCCACGGCCCCCAAAGCCCAGCCAGGGGUCAGAGAGCGGGAGGUGGGGUAGUCCGGGGUCACUGGGGGGGCAGAACAGGCAGAAUGGAGAUGUGACCACGACUGUUUCGGUUAUACCCAGGAGGAACACACUGCCUGCCGUGGAGAACAGCAGGUUACAUAGAGGUAUGACAACUCUCUCUUUCUUUCUCUCCUCCUCUUUAUUUAACUGCUGCCUAAACACUCUCAGAGAACACCAAGUAGAGGUACUGCUUCCAUCUUCUUUACCAGCUAUUCAACUACAUCCUUCCCUUACCAAUCAUCUAUUCCUUACCAACACUCUCUUUCCCUUUACCAACUACAUCUCUUUCCCUUUACCAACUACAUCUCUUUCCCUUUACCAACUACAUCUCUUUCCCUUUACCAACUACAUCUCUUUCCCUUCACCAAGCUACUGUCAACUACGUCUCUUUCCCUUCACCAACUACAUCUCUUUCCCUUUACCAACUACAUCUCUUUCCCUUUACCAACUACGUCCUUUCCCUUUACCAAGCUACUGUCAACUACGUCUCUUUCCCUUCACCAACUACAUCUCUUUCCCUUUACCAACUACAUCUCUUUCCCUUUACCAACUACAUCUCUUUCCCUUUACCAACUACAUCUCUUUCCCUUUACCAACUACAUCUCUUUCCCUUUACCAACUACAUCUCUUUCCCUUUACCAACUACAUCUCUUUCCCUUUACCAAUCUACUGCCAACUACAUCUCUUUCCCUUUACCAAUCUACUGCCAACUACAUCUCUUUCCCUUUACCAACUACAUCUCUUUCCCUUUACCAACUACAUCUCUUUCCCUUUACCAAUCUACUGCCAACUACCUCGCUAUUUAGUAAACUAAGACCCGAAGUCAAAUACAUCUCUAUUCUAUUUUUCCCUCCUAGUUCUAGUCUCUCGCUCUUUUUACUGAUUUUCCACUGGCAGCUGAGCAGAAACAGAGGUAGUCUGGCAGGCUGGGUUCUGCUCUGUUCUGCUGAGAGGCUAAUGAAAUUCAAGCCGUGCGUCCGUCUGGUCAGCCUGCCUGCUCUAGAAUGCAGUUUUCCAGGCUGAUAAACAGGAAAAAAUUCAAUACAAAAAGGGCACAGAGAGACACAAUGCCUGGCCUCACUCUCUCACACAAUGCCUGGCCUCACUCUCUCACACAAUGCCUGGCCUCGCUCUCUCACACAAUGCCUGGCCUCGCUCUCUCUCACGCUCACAAUUCCCGGCCUCACUCCUCUCACGCGCUCACAAUGCCUGGCCUCGCUCUCUCUCAUGCGCUCACAAUGCCUGGCCUCGCUCUCUCACACAAUGCCUGGCCUCGCUCUCUCACACAAUGCCUGGCCUCGCUCUCUCUCACACAAUACCCGGCCUCGCUCUCUCUCAUACAAUGCCUGGCCUCGCUCUCUCACACAAUGCCUGGCCUCUCUCUCUCACACAAUGCCUGGUCUCGCUCUCUCACACAAUGCCUGGCCUCUCUCUCUCACACAAUCCUGGCCUCGCUCUCUCACACAAUACCCGGCCUCGCUCUCUCUCACGCGCUCACAAUGCCUUGUCUCGGUCUCUCAUACAAUGCCUGAUCUCGCUCUCUCUCACAAUUCCCGGCCUCGCUCUCUCACACAAUGCCUGUCCUCGCUCUCUCACACAAGCCUGGCCUCGCUCUCUCACACAAUCCCCGGCCUUGCUCUCUCUCACGCGCUCACAAUGCCUGGUCUCGGUCUCUCACACAAUGCCUGACCUCGCUCUCUCUCAUGCGCACAAUGCCUGGCUCUCUCUCUCACACAAUGCCUGGUCCUCGCUCUCUCACACAAUCCUGAUCUCGCUCUCUCUCACGCGCUCACAAUGCCUGGUCUCGGUCUCUCAUACAAUGCCUGAUCUCGCUCUCUCUCACAAUUCCCGGCCUCGCUCUCUCACACAAUGCCUGGCCUCUCUCUCUCACACAAUGCCUGGCCUCGCUCUCUCUCACGCGCUCACAAUGCCUGGUCUCGGUCUCUCACACAAUGCCUGGCCUCGCUCUCUCACACAAUCCGGCCUUCUCGCUCUCUCCUCACCGCUCACAAUGCCUGUCUCGGUCUCUCACACAAUGCCUGACCUCGCUCUCUCUCAUGCGCUCACAAUGCCUGGCUUCGCUCUCUCACACAAUGCCUGAUCUCGCUCUCUCACACAAUGCCUGGCCUCGCUCUCUCUCACAAUGCGUGGCCUCUCAAUUCAAUUCAAUUUCAAUUUAAGGGCUUUAUUGGCAUGGGAAACGUAUGUUAACGUUGCCAAAGCAAGUGAAGUAGAUAAUAAACAAAAAUGAAAUAAACAAUAAAUAUUAACAGUAAACAUUACACUCAGAAGUUUCAAAAGAAUAAAGACAUUUCAAAUGUCAUAUUAUGUCUAUAUACAGUGUUGUAACAAUGUGCAAAUAGUUAAAGUACAAAAUUGAAAAUAAAUCAACAUAAAUAUGUGUUGUAAAUACAACGGUGUUUGUUCUUCACUGGUUGCCCUUUUCUUGUGGCAACAGGUCACAAAUCUUGCUGCUGUGAUGGCACACUGUGGUAUUUCACCCAAUAGAUAUGGGAGUUUAUCAAAAUUGGAUUUGUUUUCGAAUUCAUUAUUAGUGAGUGGACCCCAUACUUAGCUGCCAUAUAGAGCAAUUGGUUCUAUAACUGAUUGGAACAUUUUGAGCCAGAUUCUAAUUGGAAUUUCGAUUUUAAUGUUCCUUUUAAUGGCAUAGAAUGCUCUACUUGCUUUGUCUCUCAGCUCAUUCACAGCCAUGUGAAAACUAGCUGUGUUGCUGAUAUUUAGUCCUUUUUCUGAUAUUUCCAGACCUUUUUUGGUCUGACAGAAUCUGUGCAGAUGAUCUAGAUGCUGCUGUAACCCCUCCUUAGUGGGAGACAGUAGCACCAGGUCAUCUGCGUACAGCAGACACUUGAUUUCAGUGUUGUGUAGGGUGAGUCCAGGUGCUGCCGAUUCUUCUAAUGCAGCCCUGUUUCGCUCCACAUCCCUGAGAGAAGAAGUCUGUUUGCUUGUUGCCAAUAUUGACCCCACAUUUGUUUUCAGUGUAUAUUGAUUUUAUUAACAUAAUGUUUUCCCUCCAAUACCACUUUCUAUUAGUUUAUAAUUCUCUCUCUCUCUCUCUCUGAACACGGUGUGUUCUGCUCCAUUUGAGCUAAGCCUGGCCUGUGUGUGUGUGUGUGUGUGUGUGUGUGUGUGUGUGUGUGUGUGUGUGUGUGUGUGUGUGUGUGUGUGUGUGUGUGUGCGUGUGUGCGUGCGUGUGUGUGUUGCUCCGAGCUAGGCCAGACCGAGCGAUGGCUGAAACAGGAAGUCAACUUUGACCCCUGUUUCUCUGUGACUACGCCCUCAGUCUGUGCUGCCCACUGCCAGGACUCUCACAGAAAGGGUGCCUCCCAAAUUGCACCCCAUUCCUUAUAUAGUGCACUACUUUUGACAAGAGCACUAUGGGCCCUGGUCAGAAGUAGUGCACUAUAUAGGGAAUAGAGUGCCAUAUAGGGAAUAGGGUGCCAUAUAGGGAAUAGGGUGCCAUAUAGGGAAUAGGGUGCCAUAUAGGGAAUAGGGUGCCAUAUAGGGAAUAGGGUGCCAUAUAGGGAAUAGGGUGCCAUAUAGGGAAUAGGGUGCCAUAUAGGGAAUAGGGUGCCAUAUAGGGAAUAGGGUGCCAUAUAGGGAAUAGGGUGCCAUAUAGGGAAUAGGGUGCCAUGUAGGGAAUAGGGUGCCAUAUAGGGAAUAGGGUGCCAUUUGUUAAACGCCGCUUGAGCGUUUAAUGCAUCGCAACGUUUGUUCUGUUUUGGAGCAGGAGCACAAGUUAAUUUCAACUGGAUAACAGAAAUGCCAUGUGGGUUUAUAGAAACCAAACUCGCCUCUUGUUACGUGAUGAUGAUGAAAUUUGACUGUUUUCAAUUCAACACGUUGUCCAUCAAACACAAAACAGAACAUUUUCUUUGAAAAUGAGGCGGUCCUGUAGUUCAAUAUUGAUCCUUCUCCUCUCCUCUCCUCUCCUCUCCUCUCCUCUCCUCUCCUCUCCUCUCCUCUCCUCCUCUCCUCUCCUCUCCUCUCCUCUCCUCUCCUCUCCUCCUCCUCUCCUCUCCUCUCCUCUCCUCUCCUCUCCUCUCCCUCCUCCUCUCCUCUCCUCUACCUCUCCUCUACCUCUCCUCUACCUCUCCUCUCCUCUCCUCUACCUCUCCUCUACCUCUCCUCUCCUCACCUCUCUCCCCAGGGUGUUCAUUUGAGACCAACAGCCAUCACCGUCCGAUCUAUUUCAACAACCAAGGACAGUCUGUGGAGUCUGUCAACGACGGCUUCAGCUCUUACCUGGUGAGUCUUUCAGAUAGAUGUUCACAGGAAAUACUAAACUGGAAUUACCUGGUGAGUCUUUCAGACAGAUGUUCACAGGAAAUACUAAACUGGAAUUGAUUGAAUUGAGUGCUUAGUUUCCUGGGGCCUUAUCAAUGUUGAGUACAGACUAUUGUAAAAUACUACUUACGAACGGAAUUAAAAAUGUUCGUACGCAUAGAAAAAGUGUGAUUUAUCAAACAAUCCUACGGGCCUCAUACGCACACCGGAUGGAGAUAACCUGAUAAAUACCAAUUGUUCUCAGUGCUCGUGCGUGACCUUGGCUGUUUGCAUUUCGAAAUCAUCCUUUUAAAGCCUGUGGCGAAUAUACAACACCGUACCAUGAAAUACAACGGCGCAACAACAACAAAAAGCUACGAAAAAAAUACAAUAAUUAUGAGACUGAAAUUGUUAGUGUCUGAGGUUGAGUUUAAUGGUUUUAUUUGUCUAAAAAUAAAAACAUAUCUACAAAGAGAGGACCAUUAGGACAGUUCAAGUUGAUUUAGCAAUGGCAAAUAUACUUCAAAUGAGUAGGCAACGCUCUCCAAUAAGCCAUCCAUCCUCAACAGCUGCCUCCUGUAGCAUCACAUCACCUAUCAACCUGCACAUUAAGAAAGGAAGACUUUUCUGUUCGGUAGUUGAACUCAUUUUGUGCUUUUAUGGCGAUGAGGGGGCCGCCUAUUGCUCCGUGCAAAGAAACCCCUCUUGACUUCAACCUGCUGUGUGAAUAGACAUUUUAUGUAACAGUUUGUUUUGCUGUUGAUUCCAUCCAAAACACCGGCUCAUCGACGGCUGUGAGAGAUGCCAAUCAGCUGCCGCUGAAAACUGCCCGUUGCCAAACCCCCGAGGAAAGCAGUGGAGUGGCAUGUGUUUUUGCCUUUUUAAAGUAGGUCUUAAAUCCUCGCAAAAAUCCUAUACGAUUUUGGGAAACGAUAUCUGAUGAGCCAAUCUGUACUUUCUGCAAAAAAAGUCCCACCUCUCUCUAAAAACACGCUCUCUGCGAAAUGCAGCGUGUGCCAAAUAUUUCAACAGAGCAAGAUCAGCCAUCUCUCAUUGGAUGUCCCAUUACCGCAGUCUUUUAUAGCAUUUACACAAUGGUUUACCUUUCACACUAAUUUAACGAAUUACUUUAUAUGGAUUAUGAGCGUAACAAAUGCACUGAUGUGGUCAAAUUGUAUGAUAUAACCUGUCAAGAUAUGUUGCAUGAAUUCACAGUACAGUGCCUUGGAAAGUAUUCAGACCCCUUGACUUUUUCCACAUUUUUGAUACGUUACAGCCUUAUUCUAAAACUGAAUAAAUUGUUUGUUUCCCCCUCAUCAAUCUACCCACAAUACCCCAUAAUGACAAAGCAAAAACAGGUUUUUUUCGAAAUGUUUGCUAAAAAAACUGAAAUAAAACAUUUACAUAAGUAUUCAGACCCUUUACUCAGUACUUUGUUGAAGCACCUUUGGCAGCGAUGACAGCCUCGAGUCUUCUUGGGUAUGACGCUACAAGCUUGGCACACCUGUAUUUGGGGAGUUUCUCCCAUUCUUCUCUGCAGAUCCUCUCAAGCUCUGUCAGGUUGGAUGGGGAGCGUCGCUGCACAGCUAUUUUCUGGUCUGUCCAGAGAUGUUCGAUCAGGUUUCAAGUCCGGGCUCUGGCUGGGCCACUCAAGGACAUUCAGAGACUUGUCCCGAAGCUGUGUGCUUAAGGUCGUUGUCCUGUUGGAAGGGGAACCUUUGCCCCAGUCUGAGGUCCUGAGCGCUCUGGAGCAGGUUUUCAUCAAGGAUCUCUCUGUACUUUGCUCCUUUCAUGUUUGCCUCGAUCCUGACUAGUCUCCCAGUCCCUGCCGCUGAAAAACAUCCCAACAGCAUGAUGCUGCCACCACCAUGCUUAAUUGUAUGGAUGGUGCCAGGUUUCCUCCAGACGUGACGCUUGGCAUUCAGGCCAAAGAGUUCAAUCUUGGUUUCAUCAGAAAAUAGUCUUUAGGUGCCUUUUGGCAAACCAAGCGGGCUGUCAUGUGCCUUUUACUGAGGAGUGGCUUCCGUCUGGUCACUCUACCAUAAAGGCCUGAUUGGUGGAGUGCUGCAGAGAUGGUUGUCCUUCUGGAAGGUUCUCCCAUCUCCACAGAGGAACUCUAGAGCUCUGUCAGAUUGACCAUCGGGUUCUUGGUUACCUCCCUGACCAAGGCCCUUCUCCCCCGAUUGCUCAGUUUGGCCGGGCGGCCAGCUCUAGGAAGAGUCUUGGUGGUUCCAAACUUCUUCCAUUUAAGAAUGAUGGAGGCCACUGUGUUCUUGGGGACCUUCAAUGCUGCAGAAAUAUUUUCGUACCCUUCCCAAGAUCUGUGCCUUGACAGAAUCCUGUCUCAGAGCUCUACGGACAAUUCCUUCCACCUCAUGGCUUGGUUUAUGCUCUGACAUGCACUGUCAACUGUGGGACCUUACAUAGACAGGUAUGUGCCUUUCCAAAUCAUGUCCAAUCAAUUGAAUUUACAACAGGAUAAAUAUCUCAAGGAUUAUCAAUGGAAACAGGAUGCACCUGAACUCAAUUUCGAGUCUCAUAGCAAAGGGUCUGAAUACUUAUGUAAAUAAAGGUAUUUCUGUUUCAUGUCUAAGAUAAUCAUGUCUAAGAUAAUCAUGUCUAAGAUAAUCAUGUCUAAGAUAAUCCCCUGCCUGUUUCCUGUCAGAGAACCAAGGACCCUCUGACACGUUCGGACAGCGGUGACUCGGAGGACAACUAUGUGCCUAUGAACCCAGGCUCGUCUCCCCUCAAAGCCGCCCAGGUGGACAGCCCCAAAAACAUUUACAUCCCCAUGAGCCCCGGGCCGCACCACUUUGACUUCCCAGGGUUCUCAGCCACGGUACCCGCCCGAAAGGGAAGUACCGCCUCACUGUGUCACCGACCGGGGAGGCUGAGUGACGUCACGCCACCACCUAUCAACCGCAACCUCAAACCCAACAGGAAACGUGAGUGUCAUGCCUCAGUCAAUAUAAAGGCUUUCUUUGGUCCAGUCGUCAUCAGCGUUCUACUCUUUUUUUUGAGACUGUCGUGAUACCAAACUGUCCUAUUUUGUCAUAUUAUACAUUCUCAUUGUAAUGUAUCAUAUUGUUAUUUUGUAACACUUGUUUUUUCUGGUUUCUGUCUAAACCCAACAGCCCUCUACAUUUAGAUGUAAUAUGUUUGAGAACAAUUAGACGUUUUUUUAGAAGACACUGGAGUUGUUUUGUUUCUUUACAUCCUCAGUCAAGCCGACGCCUCUGGAUCUGAGGACCAAUGGCAUCAUUGAUGAGCUCCCUUUUAAGAGUCCAAUCACCAUGUCCUGGACCCGACCCAUGUGAGUCCCAUAUCAGUUAUACUAUCUACCUGACCCAUGUGAGUCCCAUAUCAGUUAUACUAUCUACCUGACCCAUGUCCCAUAUCAGUUAUACUAUCUACCUGACCCAUGUGAGGCCCAUAUCAGUUAUACUAUCUACCCGACCCAUGUGAGUCCCAUAUCAGUUAUCCAUCCUAGUGGAUCCAGACUGCAGCCGCUUAAUACUGCAGAUUGCAGUCACUCCAGUUAGUAGUUUCAGGGGUGUAAAGGUAGAAUAACUCACAAACCUUGUUUUAAAACGAUUAGUAGGGAGCACUGCAAGGGUACACUAGAAUAAAACAUUAACUUACAAGUACAUGUUACAUCUACUUAUCCAGAGUGGCUUUCAGUCAGUGCAUUCAUCUUAACCCUUGUUUUAUGUUCAAAAAGGCUAUACACGGUUUGAAUAUGCUCUUUGGUCACAUAUCAUUAUGACGAGGUCCUUUCUCUUCCUUAUUGUAGUCACACUCACAGUCCUCUCUCCUCCCAGGUCUGAGGAGUACUGCCAUAGGGGUCAGAGUGUGGAGUCACUCACAGUCCUCUCUCUUCUCUCUCCUCCCAGGCCUAUGAACUCAGGUGGCAUGUCCUCCCAGCACUGCAGACCCAUCUCCACCCAGAGUAUCACCAGCACUGACUCAGCAGACAGCGAGGAGAACUACGUGGCCAUGGUGAGUCCCUACAACAGGACAAAUGGCACCCUGUUCCCUAUGUAGUUCACUACUUUUGGUCAGGGCCCUGUGGGGAAUAGGGUGCCAUUUGAGAUGCACCCUUACUGAGUUGACAUACUGUAGUAGAGGACUUAGGGCUAUAAGUAGCACUAUAUAGGGAACAGGAUGCCAUUCAGGACUCCAGCUAAGUGUAUUAUGUUUUGUCUUUGUUUUGAUUAUUAACUGUUUUCUGACCCAUAUCAGUUAUACUAUCUACCUGACCCAUGUGAGUCCCAGUGCAUUCGGAAAGUAUUCAGACCCCGUGACUUUUUCCACAUUUUGUUACGUUACAGCCUUAUUGUAAAAUUGAUUAAAUUGUUGUUUUUUCCCCUCAUCAAUCUACACACAAUAUCCCAUAAUGACAAAGGAAAAUCAGGUUUUUAGAUAAUACAAAAAAAAAAAAAAAUAUCACAUUUACAUAAGUAUUCAGACCCUUUACUUAGUACUUUGUUGAAGCACCUUUGGCAGCGAUUACAGCCUCAAGUCUUCUUUGGUAUGAAGCUACAAGCUUGGCACACCUGUAUUUGGGGAGUUUCUCCCAUUCUUCUCUGCAGAUCCUCUCAAGCUCUGUCAGGUUGGAUGGGGAGCGUCGCUGCACAGCUAUUUUCAGGUCUCUCCGGAGAUGUUCGAUCAGGUUCAAGUCCGGGCUCUGGCUGGGCCACUCAAGGACAUUCAGAGACCCCGAAGCCACUCCUGCAUUGUCUUGACUGUGUGCUUAGGGUCGUUGUCCUGUUGGAAGGUGAACCUUCACCCCAGUCUGAGGUCCUGAGUGCUCUGGAACAGGUUUUCAUCAAGGAUCUCUCUGUACUUUGCUCUGUUCAUCUUUCCCUCGAUCCUGACUAGUUUCCCAGUCCCUGCCGAUGAAAAACAUCCCCACAGCAUGAUGCUGCCACCACCAGUGCGGUCCUCUGUAGCUCAGCUGGUAGAGCACGGCGCUUGUAACGCCAAGGUAGUGGGUUCGAUCCCCGGGACCACACAUACACAAAAAAAUGUAUGCACGCAUGACUGUAAGUCGCUUUGGAUAAAAGCGUCUGCUAAAUGGCAUAUUAUUUAUAUUAUUAUUACCAUGCUUCAUCGUAGGGAUGGUGCCAGGUUUCCUCCAGACGUGACGCUUGGCAUUCAGGCUAAAGAGUUCAAUCUUGGUUUCAUCAGACCAGAGAAUCUUGUUUCUCAUGGUCUGAGAGUCCUUUAGGUGCCUUUUGGCAAACUCCAAGCGGGCUGUCAUAUGCCUUUUACUGAGGAGUGGCUUCCAUCUGGCCACUCUACCAUAAAGGCCUGAUUGGUGGAGUGCUGCAGAGAUGGUUGUCCUUCUGGAAGGUUCUCCCAUCUCCACAGAGGAACUCUAGAGCUCUGUCAGAGUGACCAUCGGGUUCUUGGUCACCUCCCUGACCAAGGCCCUUCUCCCCCGAUUGCUAAGUUUGGCCGGGCGGCCAGCUCUAGGAAGAGUCUUGGUGGUUCCAAACUUCUUCCAUUUAAGAAUGAUGGAGGCCACUGUGUUCUUGGGGACCUUCAAUGCUGCAGAAAUAUUUUCGUACCCUUCCCAAGAUCUGUGCCUUGACAGAAUCCUGUCUCGGAGCUCUACGGACAAUUCCUUCGACCUCAUGGCUUGGUUUUUGCUCUGACAUGCACUGUUACCUGUCGGACCUUAUGUAGACAGGUGUGUGCCUUUCCAAAUCAUGUACAAUUAAUUGAAUUUACCACAUAUGGACUCCAAUCAAGUUGUAGAAACAUCUCAAGGAUGAUCAAUGGAAACAGGAUGCACCUGAGCUCAAUUUCCAGUCUCAUAGCAAAGGGUCUGAAUACUUAUGUAAAUAAGGUAUUUCUGUUUUUUUAUUUGGUAUAUAUUUACACAAAUUUCUAAAAACCUGUUUUCGCUUCGUCAUUAUGGGGUAUUGUGUGUAGAAUGAUGAGGGAAAAUGUUUAUUUAAUCAAUUUUAUAAUAAGGCUGUAACGUAACAAAAUGUGUAAAAAGUCAAGGGGUCUGAAUACUGUAUAGUGUAUUUGUCUUGGUUAAUGAGUGUUUUACCUUUGUGUGUGUCUAGAAGAGGGUUACGAUAAAGUAUCUAAGGUAUAUCUACAGCCCAGGGUUACCAGGGUUACCAGUAGUUACCAGGGUUACCAGUAGUUACCAGGGUUACCAGUAGUGUGUUUACACGCCCCCCCCCCCCCUCUUCUCUGUCCAUCAGCAGAACCCAGCGUCUACCUCCCCAGCAGUGAGUGGUACCAGCAGCCCCGCCCCUAGGAAGUGUGGCAACGUGGACUACCUGGCUCUGGACUUCCAGCCGGGCUCCCCCAGUCCACACAGAAAGGUACACACAUAAACACACACACACACACACACACACACACACACAAACACACACACACAAAAACAAACACACACACACACACACACACACACACACACACACAAACACACACACACAAAAACACACAAACACACACACACAAACACACACACACACACACACACACACACACACACACACACAAACACACACACACACACACACACACACACACACACACACACACACACUACCUCCGCCACACUGAUCCUCAACACUGGAGCCCCACAGGGGUGCGUGCUCAGCCCCCCCCUUCCAGUACUCCCUGUUCUCUCACGCACGUCUCCAACUCAAUCGUCAUGUUUGCUGACGACACAACAGGGGGUAGGCUUGAUUACUAACAGCAACGAGACAGCCUACAGUGAGGAGGUGGGAGCACUGGCGGAUUUGGUGCCAGGACAAUAACCUCUUCCCUCAACAUCAACAAAACGAAAGGAGCUUAUUGUGGACUACAGGAGACAGCAUCCACAUCGACGGGCUGCAGUGGAGAGGGUCAGAAGCUUCAACUUCCUCGGUGUGCACAUCACUGAGGACCUGAAAUGGUCCCUUCACACAGACAGUGUGGUGAAGAAGGCACAACAGCUUUGCUCCUAAGACCCUCACAAACAAGACCCUCACAAACUAAACACACUUAUUCACUCACUAACACUUGUCUCCAUUGUGAAAGAUCUUGGUGCCUCAAUUAAUUAAAAAAAAAGCGUAAAAUAACUUUGAGAGAGCAUUCUGUCGGGCUGUGUCACCGCAGGGCUCUCCACAGGGUGGUGCGCUCAGCCCAACACCUCAUCGGUGGCCCACUGCCUGCCCUCCAGGACAUCUACAGAGUCACAGGGAGGCCAAGAAGAUCAUCAAGUACAUCAGCCACCCGAGCCACGGCCUGUUCACCCCGCUACCAUCCAGAAGGAGGGGACAGUACAGGUGCAUCAAAGCUGAUAAACAGCUUCUAUCUCCAGCCAUCAGACUGUUAAACUGUCACCACUAGCCGGCUUCUGCCCACUAAAGUAAAGGGAAAGGGGGAUACCUAGUGAGUUACACAACUGAAUGCAUUCAAUUGAAAUGUGUCUUCCGCAUUUAACCCAGAGAGGUACGGGGGACUGCCUUAAUCGAAGUCCACGUUAUCGCCGCCCGGGGAGCAAUUGUUGUUUAGGGGUUAACUACCUUGCUCAAGGGCAGAACGGCAGAUUUUUCCACCUUGCUGGCUCGGGGAUUCGAUCCAGCAACCUUUUGGUUGCUGGCCCAACGCUCUUAACCGCCAGUACCCUGCCCUAAACCUUAAACACUGCCGCCCUGUGUAUAUAGUCAUUGAACACUGGUCACUUUAAUAAUGUUUACAUACUGUUUUACCCACUUCAUAUGUAUAUACUGUAUUCUAGUCAUGGUUCAUCCUAUAUAACUUCUGCUGAACACACCUUUUCUAUUCAUAUACUGUCCAUAAUGUCUAUAAACACCAUUCAUAUACAGUACAUAUAUAUUUAUAUUCCAGGCUUUUCUGUCCAUUUGCCAUGGGGUUUUGUAUUGUGUUUCUAAAUACUGUAUUCUCGAAAAAUAGAUCAUUCUAACAUAUCUACUGCUGUAAAUAUCAUUCUUAGUAUAUCUUGUGUAAAUUCAUCCGGUGUAAAUACGUAUAGAUUGCAUCUGGAUUACUGAUACAGUAAUCUAUUUAGUGCUAUUUGGGUUGUUAUUUGUAUUUGUUCCGAGAUUUCUUAAUUUAUCAACAUUUUAAAGAUAAUUUAGAUUAUCUGUGUACUUGUUUGGCAUUCUACUGCAUUGUUAGGAGCUAGUAACAAAAGCAUUUAGCUGCACCCACUAUAACAUCUGCUAAACGAUGUACCUGACCAAUAAACAGAUUUGAAUUUGAUUUGACACACCCACAUUGACCACCUAUCACUGGACUUCCAGGCCGGGCUCCGCCCACCCACACAGACUGGAACACACACCAUGUACAGUCAUGUUAAUCUGUCUAAAUGGAUCCCUCUGUAAAUGUCUUAGCCCCAACACACUAAAUAGUAAAUACACAAACAUUUUGAUACACCUGGUCCUUUGCCAGGUUUGUCAGGUUAGACCAUUGUUUGUGUAUCGCUUAGAGCACAACUAAAGAUCGCAGUUACCUCUUUCGUUUGUCUUUUACUUAUCCAGUUUCUAUGUUCAAAUACUCCUCUCCUCUCCUCUCCUCUCCUCUCCUCUCCUCUCCUCUCCUCUCCUCUCCUCUCCUCUCCUCUCCUCUCCUCUCCUCUCCUCUCCUCUCCUCUCCUCUCCUCUCCUCUCCUCUCCUCUCCUCUCCUCUUCACUCCUCUUCUCUUCUCUUCCCCCAGCCCUCUACAUCCUCUGUGACAUCUGAUGAGAAGGUGGACUAUGUCCAGGUGGACAAGGAGAAGACGCAGGCCCUCCAGAACACCAUGCAGGAGUGGACGGACGUCCGACAGUCCACCGACCCCGCCCCCAAGACCGUGAAGUCCUGA